AUCCAUUGGAGCCAUGAACGCGCCCCCUGCCCGUAGAAGGUGAGAGAGUAUCUGGAAGAGACGACUCGAGUACGCGACUGCCGGGAUCGAUCGGAUUAAACUCGGAUUGAGUGAAAUUAACACAAAGGAGAAAACGAGCCGGUGAAGACGGGAUACCGACCUGCUUAACAUUAUAAAAUAACUUGAAUUUCGUAAUUUAUUAACGGACCAGAAAGGAUUGUACUGGAGAUACUAACGGGAGUUAAUUUGAGAAACCCUGAAUUGACCAAGCUUGUUGGGUCCUGUAACCUUCUUUGCCUGACUCUGCAUUCUCAUUCUCUGGGAGAAUUAGGGAAAUAUGGAGUGACAUGCUGCAGAUUAGUUAGCGGAUUAGAGGCUUUGAGGUCAUCCACCUCUGUGUGAGCGCAGGUUCCCUGGAGCCUCAUUCCCCCCAGCAGCAAUGGCUGACCCGGGGAUGUUGAGCCUGUUCGGGGAUGAUGCCAACCUGUUCUCGGACGAGCUGGAGGGCCUGGGGGACUGUGGCUUCCCCCAGGGCCAGCCCAACCCCAUAGGACAGCAGGAGCACCAGGGCUACAGGUCGCUCUCCUCCAACUCACUCCACCACCCCUCGCAGGCCGGCCCCGGACAGCCCAAGAUGGGCCACCCCUACGACCCCUUUGCAGGCUACGAGCAGCAGCAGGGCAACGGUCCCGCCGUCAAUGGCAUGGUGACCCCGCACUCGCGCUACCACAACAGCCCCCAACAACCCGGAGGGGGGCACCAUGUCUACCCCAGAGCCCAAGGCGAUGGGCACGGGCAGUCCUUCCCUGACGGAGGAGCCGUAUGGGGCCCCCAGACUGGCCCCGGGCAGGGCAGGCCUCCAUUCCAGCAGCAACAGGCAUCCCCCCAGGGCCCCUCCCACCAGCAGCACGGCCCCUCUGUGCCCCAGGCCCCAUCCCACCAGCAGCACGGCCCCUCUGGGCCCCAGGCCCCAUCCCACCAGCAGCAUGGCCCCUCUGGGCCCCAGGCCGCCUCCCACCAGCAGCAUGACCCCUCAGGGCCCCAGGACCAUGGCCACCGUAUGGGCCCCUACAUGGGCCGGUCCGACUAUGCCACUAUGCAGGGCCACCCUGGCCAGACCCAGACGCCACCCAGGAUCAACCACUUCCCUCCGGGCAUGGGCCAGGAGCCCAACCACUACAUGGGCCACGUGGGGCUCCAGCAGAACUCCAGCAUGACGGCCCACCCGGCACAGCAACAGCAGCCCCCCCAGCAGUUCCUCCACCGGCCCGGCCAGGGCCCUGUUCACACCCAGGACCACAUGGCCUCCCACACCUCUCACCAGCAGCACCAGGGCUUGGCCGGGAGGCCACACCAGAACAUGGGGUUCAACAUGCACGGCCAGGCAGCCUCUCCUGAUGCUGUAACCAGCUCAGGGCCGUACCCCCCCUACCCCCAGUACGGCAACCUUAAUCAGGGAUUAGCCGGCAGUGCAGGGAUGAGUCCCCGCAUGAGCCUCAGCAGUACCAGCAACAACAACAGUAGUGCCUGCGGGCCUAUGGGGCCAGACCAAGUCCAGUGUUACCCCAACGCAGGGGGGGCCCCACAGUGCUACCCGGAUCCUCAGGUACACCGGCAGCCUGUCCACCCCAACCAAAUCACCGGCCAGCCCAUGCACCCCUCCCAGGCCCAGGCCACCCCCCAUAAGCAGCCCCACCUCCCCACACCACCUCAUGGAUCUUACGGCUCUCCCACCUCCAUGUCCCCCAUGAAGGGCAUGGGAACCACCGCGGUCACACCUCUGCCUCAACAGGUCCGACCCCCUAGUGCAGGUCUUGCUCCCGAGGUAGGGGCGUACCCCGGAGUGCCACUCCAGGCCCCUAACCCCAUGGCCCCCCCUCAGAGAAACACCACUCCCCUGGGCGUGCAGCAACCGCAACAUCAUCCCCAGCACCUCUCCCACCCACAGCAGCACCCCCACAUGCCCCCGAGCCAGCAGCUCUACCAGGGUAUGUCCCCCAACCAAAGAGGCCCUCUCGACCAGGUGAGACCUCCAGGUCCUAUGGCCCACGGUGAGCAUCCAGGACCACAGGACCAGCAGCUGCUCACUCCCCAGCAACAGGCACCCAAAUCUGGGCUGCAGCCUCCUCCCAUGGCCUUCCAGCAGCAGGUGCACCCAGCCCAGACCGCUUUGCCCCCAUCGCAGGCUCAGACACAUCUGGCCGGCCCCCACCACCAGAGCUCCCCGCCCAACCAGCCACCUUGGGCGCCGGCAGGACACCAGUCGCCUACAACCCCCCAGAAAGUGCCUCACAUUCAGUAUUCUACGUCAUCUGAGAUGACAGCUUCUGACAGGACACCCGCUUCGGGGGCUAACCUCCAGCCAGCCAACCGUGACAAGAAGCCCACCGAGCAGAAACCAAAAAAGAAGAAAGCGAAGGUGAUGGUGGAGGGGGAAAAGAAGCCCAAAAAGAAGAAAGGAGGAUGUAUAGAGGAAUGUGGCGAGGAGGGGAAACGAAAGGUCGGGGACGGUCCCUGGGCGGAGGUUAACUGUCUGACAGGUGCCCUGGAGGAAUCACUUGUGGUGAAGACAAAGAAGAAACCGAAGGAGCCUAAAGAGCCCAAGACUCCGAAAACACCCAAGACCCCCAAAGAGCCCAAGGAGAAGGCCAAGAGCACUACCCCCAAGGUCAAGAUGCCCAAGAAGCCCAGAAGCACUAAGAAGGUGGAGUCAGCGGAGGGCAGUGGCAGCAGUGUGAAGGAGAUUAAGAGGACGAGGGAGCCCUCGGUCAGCUCCGAUGUGGAGAAGUCACCCCCAGGCCCCUCCGAUGAGGACGACGACGAUGACGGUGUCCAGAAGCGUCGUUCCAGUCGUCAGGUGAAGAGGAAGCGCUAUACAGAGGAACUGGAGUUCAGGAUCUCAGACGAUGAUGGAGAUGUUUCCCCCACUCCCAAGUCGCCCUUCAACACCUCUGAACAGCAGGAGGUGGAGACAGAGGGGCCUGUGGUGGAGAAGAUCCUGUCCAUACGCAUGGGGAAGAAAGAGAUGGAAUCGGGAGAGAAAAUGGAAGUGGAAGAAUUCUAUGUCAAAUUCAAGAGCUUCUCCUACCUGCACUGUCGCUGGGCAGAUCUGGAGGAGCUGGAGAAGGACAAAAGGAUCCACCAGAAGGUCAAGCGGUUCAGGGCCAAACAGGCCCUCCCCACCUUCGUGACAGAGAUGGAUGACGAGCCUUUCAACCCAGACUACGUUGAGGUGGACCGGGUACUGGACGUGUCAGAGAGCACAGAUGAGAACGGAGAGCCUGUAAAGCUGUACCUGGUGAAGUGGUGUUCCCUGCCCUAUGAGGAUAUAACUUGGGAGCUGAAGGCCGACAUCGACCAGGCCAAGAUCGAUGAGUACGAGGCCGUGGCGGCCCGUCAGCCCGAGACCAAACGCGUGGAGCGACCUCCCACCGAAAACUGGCAGAAAUCCGAGAGUUCCAGGGAUUAUAAAAACGACAACGCACUCAGGGAUUACCAGCUGGAGGGAGUGAACUGGCUGCUCUUCAACUGGUACAAUACACGGAACUGCAUCCUAGCAGAUGAAAUGGGCCUGGGCAAGACCAUCCAGUCCAUCACAUUCCUCUAUGAGAUCUACCUGAAGGGGAUCCACGGGCCCUUCCUGGUCAUCGCCCCCCUCUCCACCAUUCCAAACUGGGAGAGGGAGUUCCGCACCUGGACCGAACUCAACGUGAUCGUCUACCACGGCAGCCAGGCCAGCCGCAAGACCAUCCAGGCCUACGAAAUGAACUACCGCGACGUGCAGGGUCGUGUGAUAAAGGGAGCGUACAAAUUCCAUGCGGUCAUCACCACAUUUGAGAUGAUUCUGACAGACUGUCCGGAGCUGCGCAGCGUCUCGUGGCGCUGUGUGGUCAUCGACGAGGCUCACCGCCUCAAGAACAGGAACUGCAAACUGCUGGAGGGUCUUAAGAUGAUGGACAUGGAGCACAAGGUGCUGCUGACCGGGACCCCCCUGCAGAACACGGUGGAGGAGCUCUUCAGUCUGCUCAACUUCCUGGAGCCUGAACGCUUCCCCUCUGAGAACACCUUCAUGCAGGAGUUUGGAGACCUCAAGACUGAGGAGCAGGUCCAGAAGCUGCAGGCCAUCCUGAAGCCCAUGAUGCUGCGACGUCUCAAGGAGGACGUGGAGAAGAACCUGGCCCCCAAGGAGGAGACCAUCAUCGAGGUGGAGCUGACCAACAUCCAGAAGAAGUACUACCGGGCCAUCCUGGAGAAGAACUUCUCCUUCCUGUCUAAAGGAGGACCGGGAGGAGGAGGUGGCGCAUGGGGAGGCGGAGGUGCACAGGUCCCCAACCUGCUCAACACCAUGAUGGAGCUGAGGAAGUGCUGCAACCACCCCUACCUCAUCAAUGGUGCAGAGGAGAAGAUCCUGGACGACUUCCGUGAGAACCACCAUGCCGAGAUGCCCCAAUUCCACCUACAGGCCAUGAUCCAGGCAGCGGGCAAGCUGGUGCUGAUCGAUAAGCUGCUGCCCAAGCUGAAGGCCGGGGGACACAGGGUCCUCGUCUUCUCCCAGAUGGUGCGCUGCCUGGACAUCCUGGAGGACUACCUCAUCCAGAAACGGUACCCGUAUGAGCGUAUCGAUGGCCGUGUGAGGGGUAACCUCCGGCAGGCUGCAAUUGACCGUUUCUCUCGUCCGGACUCUGACCGCUUUGUAUUCCUGUUGUGUACCCGGGCCGGAGGUCUGGGCAUCAACCUGACCGCUGCCGACACCUGCAUCAUCUUUGACUCUGAUUGGAACCCCCAGAAUGAUUUACAGGCGCAAGCCAGAUGCCACAGGAUUGGCCAGAGCAAGGCAGUGAAGAUCUACAGGCUGAUCACCAGGAACUCCUAUGAGAGGGAGAUGUUUGACAAGGCCAGCCUCAAGCUGGGCCUCGACAAGGCUGUGCUGCAGUCCAUGAGUGGCCGAGAAAAUGCAGCCAACGGGGUUCCACAGCUGUCUAAGAAGGAGGUGGAGGACCUCCUCCGUAAAGGAGCCUACGGAGCUCUGAUGGACGAGGAGGACGAGGGCUCAAAGUUCUGUGAAGAGGACAUUGACCAGAUCCUCCUGAGACGAACCCAGACCAUCACCAUUGAGUCCGAGGGCAAGGGGUCCACCUUCGCCAAGGCGAGCUUUGUGGCUGCUGGGAACAGGACGGACAUUUCCCUGGAGGACCCGGACUUCUGGCAGAAGUGGGCCAAGAAGGCGGAGCUCGACAUGGAAGCCAUCAAUGGACGGAACACCCUUGUGAUUGACACUCCGAGGGUGCGGAAGCAGACACGCCACUACAGCUCGAUGAAGGAGGACGAAUUGGCAGAGUUCUCUGAGCUGGAAAGUGACGGCGAGAAUGAGAAGCCCUUGACCAAACUCAGGCGACCCCAGGACCGAGCUCACGGGUACCCCCGCAGCGAGUGCUUCAGGGUGGAGAAGAACCUGCUGGUUUAUGGGUGGGGUCGCUGGGGAGACAUCCUGUCCCGUGGGCGUUUCAAGCGGCCCCUGCAGGAACAAGACGUGGAGACCAUCUGCCGCGCCCUGCUGGCCUACUGCCUGCUGCACUACCGUGGCGACGAGAACAUCAAGCGCUUCAUCUGGGACCUCAUCACGCCCUCUGAGGACGGACAGAGCCGCACACUCACCAACCACUCCGGUCUGUCUACUCCAGUACCGCGGGGUCGUAAGGGGAAGAAAGGGAAACCAGCCCCCCCUGCCCCUCCCCAGCUCCCCAGGGCAGAGUGGCUGGCCAGCUGUAACCCUGACCUGCUACUGCAGGAGGACAGCUACAAGAGACACCUCAAACACCACUGUAACAAAGUUCUCCUGAGGGUCCGUAUGCUCUACUAUCUGCGACAGGAAGUCAUCGGUGACCACGCCGACAGGAUCCUAGAGGGAACAGACUCAAGUGAAAUGGAUAUCUGGAUCCCUCAGCCUUUCCACGCCGAGGUGCCCGCCGAUUGGUGGGACAGCGAGGCAGACAAAUCGCUGCUCAUCGGUGUCUUCAAACACGGCUAUGAGAAGUAUAACUCGAUGCGUGCCGACCCUGCGCUGUGUUUCUUGGAGCGGGUGGGCAUGCCCGACGCCAAGGCCAUCGCUGCAGAGCAGAGGGGGGCGGACAUGAUGGCAGAUGGUCCGGAGGGAGAGGAUGAAGACCCCGAGUACAAGCCUCUCCGCAUGACCUUUAAAGAUGAGAUGGAGGACUUUGCGAACUCACCCCUGGAUGACAAAGACGAGACUGUGGACAUUGAGAGUGGUGAAUCUAAACCAGGUGAGAAUAUAGCAGGCAGCAGAGGGGCGGGUCGUCUGUACUGGCCGGCGGCCUCGGCCCUCACCGCUAGACUCCGCCGCCUCAUCACGGCCUACCAGCGCACGCACAAGAGGGAGCAGCUCCGCCAGGAAGCCAUGGCCCGGCCCGACGGACGCCGCCGCCGCCGGCCCCGAGAACAUCUCUUCUCCAUGGUCACAGACGGAGGAGGGGCCUACGUGCAGGAGGACGGAGCCUUCAUGGCAGAGGGAAGUCCUUAUAUGGCCAAGGGCGGAGCUUUUAUACCUGAGGCGACGGUGCUCCCGGCGGAAGGAGGGGCCGCCUUCAAAGAGAGGCGUCAGAGGUGGACCAGGCGUGAGGAAUCAGACUUCUACCGGGUUGUGUCCACGUUUGGUGUGAUCUAUGACACGGACCGCCAGCUCUUUGACUGGACCCAGUUCAGGGCCUUCGCCCGGCUGGACAAGAAGAGUGACGAGAGCCUGGAGAAAUACUACUUCUCCUUCGUGGCCAUGUGCAAGCGGGUGUGUCGCAUGCAGGUCAAGGCCAACACAGAGCUCCCAGACCCUACCCUGAUCAUCGACCCCAUCACGGAGGAGCGCGCCUCACGCACCCUCUACCGCAUUGAGCUGCUGCGUCGCAUUCGCGAGCAGGUGCUGCCCAACCCCCUGCUAGGUGAGCGCCUGCGCCUCUGCCAGCCUAGCUCCGACCUGCCCGAGUGGUGGGCCUGCCGCCGGCACGACCACGACCUCCUCCUGGGCGCCUCCAAGCACGGCGUGAGCCGCACUGACUACCACAUCCUCAACGACCCUGCGCUGGGCUUCCUGGAGGCCCACAGGAAGUUCACCAAGGGGACAUCGGCUGGGGUGCCUCAGCCGCCCCGCGAUGGAGCUCUCUCUACUGCUUCUUCCUCUUCCACUGAGCAGGCCACAGCUACUGCUGGUGCUGAGAAAUCCUUACCUGUCCAGGAGGAGGAAGAAGGGAAGGAGAUGAAAGAGGAAGGUGAUGAUAUUCCAUGUACUAAACCUGAGAAACCAGACGAAGGCAAGGAAGAAGAGAUGGAGGCGAAGAAGGAAGAGAAGGCCGGGUCUCCCAAGAAGGUGAAGGACGAGAAGGGAGAGGAGGAAGACAGAGAAGAGAAAGUGGAGGUCACCGGCGACGCUGACGGAGAGACUUCCAAGGAGGCCAAACCCGAGAAGGAGUACAAAGCUCCCACUGAGGAGACCAAGGACCAGGACAAAAAGCUGGACUUCCUGGAGAAACCAGAGUCUCCUAAAGCAUCAGAAGAGCAGGGAACCAAGAAGGAAGAGAGAGAUGAGAAAGAAGGAAGCCUUGCCAAGUCUCCUAAACCAGUGGCUGAGAAAGGGCCCGAUGAGGAGAAGAUGGAGGAAGACGACAAGUCUGAGAAGUCCUCUCAAGCUGAAGCGGGCGCCACCUCAGAGCAGAAGAACUUUGACGAGGAGAGCAACGCCUCACUGAGCACCACAGCCAGAGACGAGACCCGCGACGGGUUCUGCCCCGAGGAAGAGCCCUCUGCCAUCCCGGCCCUCCAGGAGAGAACUACCUCAUCCUUCUGGCCCAAGGACCGUGUCAUGAUCAAUCGCAUGGACAACAUCUGCGAUGCGGUCAUCAAGGGCAAGUGGCCCGCCAACCGACGCCAGUUCUUCGACUUCCCGGGCCUGUUGCCUGGAUACCCCGGCCCCAUGACGUCUGAAAGCCCCAUGCCGAGGCGGAGCCUGGCCGAACUGUCGAUGACCGCUCAGACCAACUUCAGUGGCAGCGAGGACCUCACCCUCUCGCCCCAGGUUAAUGAGGAUGCUCUAAGCAUAUCAUUGCCGAAGCAGCGUCGUCGCAGGCGGAGGAAGGUGGAGAUAGAGGCGGAGCGUGCGGCCAAGCGCAGGAACCUGAUGGAUAUGGUGGCCCAGCUCAGAGAGUCUCACGCUGCAGAGUCCCAGAGCCAGGCCAUGGAUCUUACCAAGGGUAUUCUGCACCAGCACCACAAGUCUUCAGCGCCGUCCCCGGUGAGCUUCUCCAGCAGCAUGGUGUCACCUGCUGCCCUCAAGGCACAGAUGGAGCUUCUGCAGGCGGCCACACCCUCCAGACACAGGGCCAACUGCUCAUUGGCCGAGGCUGACCUGCCCACCAGGAGGAGGCGGGGCCGCAGGAAAAAUGUGGAGGGGCUGGAGCUGCUGUUCAUGAGAGGAGCCACGGAGGAUUCAGAGAGGACCAAAGCUUCAGUGGAGGGGUUGCAGAUGCCCCCACGUUCCCACCACCACAACAUUCCCAGCACCUCCGCCCGUGUCCCCUCUGUCAGCGCUAUGGAGGACAGGGAGGCUGGUACCCCCUCUAACAAAGACCUGAGUGACUGGCUCAGACAGCACCCCACAUACACCAUGGACAUGCCUACUGCGUACACACCAAAGAGUGAGGAGACUCUCCUCUCCUCCCAGUUCCCCAAACCCAAGCAAAAGAGACACCGCUGCCGGAACCCCAACAAGAUCGACAUCAACACGCUCACCGGAGAAGAGAGGGUUCCCGUGGUCAACCGGAGAAAUGGAAGAAAGAUGGGUGGAGCCAUGGCCCCUCCCAUGAAGGAUCUUCCCAGAUGGCUCCUGGAGAACUCAGAUUUUGCCGUCGCUCCAGACUGGACUGACAUUGUCAAGCAAUCGGGCUUCCUCCCUGAGGCCAUGUUCGACCGUCUCCUAACUGGGCCCUUGGUGCGUGAGGAGGGCGUCCGUCGUCGGGGAAGACGUCCCAAAUCGGAGAUCGCCAAGGCAACAGCGGCUGCAUCCUCUGGGGGCCUUAACCCCCUGCUGAUAAACAGCCUGUUUGGAGGCAUGGACCUCACCAGCUUGCAGGGCCUACAGAGCCUCCAGAGUCUGCAGCUGCAGCUCAUGGGCUUCCCCGGCAUGGGGGGGGCUGACGCUAAACACGCCUCGGCCAUGCUGCCUCUCAUGCUGCCUGGCAUGGCUGGUAUGGGCGUUCUGCCCAACAUGUUUGGCCUGGGAGGCCUGUUCGCAAGCAACCUGGCUGCAGCCUCCCCUGCUGCAGCCUCCAAUGGCACCAACAACGAGGACGAUUCGGACGAGACAUCGAAGAGAGACGCCAGGGAGGGUGGAGAAGAGCAGGAUGAGGAGAAAGACGACACUGGGGAGGAAGAAGAGUCGAGCAAGGCUAUUGGGGAGGCUGCGGCUCUGAAUGUGGCUGCUGCCGCUACGGCCUCCUCCGGCAUGUCGGCUAACUCCAUGGCCUUCAAUCCCUUCCUGCUCUCCACCAUGGCCCCGGGGCUCUUUUCCCCCUACAUGUUCCUGCCCCCUGGCCUGGGAGGUCUCACCCUGCCUGGCUUCCCCCCCACUGCCCUGACCGACCUGCAGAGUGCCAUGGCUGGAGCCAUGGGGGUUGCCUCUGGAGCUCAGGGCCAGGAGAAGGAGCCCAACCAGGUUGCCCUGGACUGCCCUGCUGCCGCUAUCGCAGACCCAGAGACUGCUGAUGACAGUGACUCAGCUGAGAGCCUGGAGAAGACUGCAGAGUCGUCUGCGCUAGAAGAUGAGACCUCCGCAUUGGCAGGGGAAGCCGACUCACCGGAAGACCUGGAGGAAGGAGAGGAUGCCCUUGAAGAGGAAGAGAAGUGACUGAAUCUAACUGGCCUUUGACCCCCCCCCCCCCCCCCCCCACCAACUUGAUAUCCAAACAUAUGAAUUAGUUUUUUCUUUUGUUUUCAUUGUUUUUGUUUCUUUCACAGGUAAACAUUUAAAUCAGGGAGAGCAUAUGUAGCUAAAAGGCUCUUAAUGUAUUGUUAAUGGCAUAGUCAGGGAAAAAGCUAACUGAAGUAGAGUUUUGCGGAUGUUUUAAGGGUGUUAUUUUUGGUCUUUGUUCACUGAACGGUGCAUUCUAGAUGAAAUGGGAAAUUUCCUCAAAUAUUAUUAUAGGAAUUAAUCGUUCCAAUAGUGCUAUGCUGCUUUUCUGGUUCAUUUAUUAUGAAAUAUUUCUGUGGAUAUUGUGACAGUAUGUAGCAUCUCGUAUCUCUCCAGUGGCGUACAAUUUAACGGCAUUAAGCGUCUGUCUAUAUGCUGCUGAUGAAUAGGAUCAUGGGUAAUUUAGAUUUUGCUGUUGUUCUGCUUUUAAGAGCAGGAUGAAGUUCUCACAAAUCAGAUGGCCUAAUAAUCUGACUGUUCCCAGUCCCUCACUGACGAUCACACACACACACACGUCUACACCCACACACACCCGACUGUCUAUUCCUGUAGUCUUACACUCUAACAAUCCAACCUGACUGUUUCCAGUCUCUCACUGAUAAUCACACACACGUCUACACCCACACACACACCCGACUGUCUAUUCCUGUAGUCUUACACUCUAACAAUCCAACCUGACGGUCCUACCGUCACCCUCCAACCGUUCCUCUCCCAUUACCCUUCUCAGUACCUGUUUUCUGUCUACUAUUAACACCCAUAUUGUCUGACUCUUCCAAGUCACACCGGUUAUAGAAACAGUUUUCCAGUUUCACAGCGACCGAUGGCCCCGAGUCUGACACUGACAAAACCGAGCGGAGGAGAGUCGUCUCUCCCACAACGCGGAGGGAGACAGCAAUAACCCAAGGCAGCUUUUGAAUGUUUCAAACAUCGCUCUCCCAUUUAAACACAACUACAAGUGUUGGUGAAAAAGAGAAACCAAAUUGCAUACAAAGGAUGACAUUAAAACGUUCUGCAAGCAAUUCGUCUCACUAUUCCUGAUGAUGCACUGGUGUAAGAGUAAAAUAAUCAGGUACCUUUUCUCUUUGGAUGGACUUUUUGUUUCUUUUAGCCACCAAGCUGAACAGCAUUACCUCAAUUCUAACUAGCCUUGAAGUUUACAGACAUAUGUUGUAAAUGGUUUUUUUUGUGUCUGUUAUUUUUUUGGAACAUCGUAUGAUGAACUGUUAUGACGCUUUUAAUAAAAGUGAAUGAUGAUAUUCGCCUAGGAAACCAAACCCAGAGUGCUUGUUGUGACUGUUUUGGAAUUAGAUGUUAAAUGUAGAUGUCUAUUUUGAGUGUUAAAUGACGUUGGUUGAUUCAUGGUGGUGAUAUUGUCAGAAAGCAGCAGAAAAUGAAGUAAAUACCCCAGAAUCUGAAAAUAAAGGGUUUCUAAGUGCAGAUGGACCACUUUACGCCAAA